CUUCUCAUGCUCAGCUGCUUCUCUCGGGUUCUGAGCUCAUCAUCUCUCUCUCUGCUGCGUGUUGGUGUUCUCCCUUUGAAGAGCAUCAACAGCAAUCACACUCAAAAAAACAACAGUUGGGUUGGCAUUUUCUUUGUUGGGUUUUGCAGUUGAUGCAGUGUUCUGUCUCUGACAGCUUCCAUGUCAGGGCCACUGUUUUCCUGUCUCUCUUUUUUUUUUUCCACGUUCCUUUUUUCAGAUUAAAUUCUCUACAUGGCAAUGCAGGAACUGUAGGAACACUGCAUGCUGAGGAUUUUGGAGUUUUGGGGGUUUGUUGUUUGGCCAUCAACAACAUUUUGCUGAAUAUGCUUGGGAAAAUCAAGGAAACAAUCUCACCCAUUGGGAAUUUUUGGGUUGCAGCCUUUUGGGUUUGUGAGUUAUGGAGAUUUUGAAGUGGGCGCUCUUGUUUCCUACUCGUUUUUCUUUUUUUCUUUGGGUCCUUGAAUCAAGUGAUAUAGCAAUGCAUGUAGUUUAAGAACAGUAGAUUUUGGAUGUGGAGGAUUUAAGGGUUUCCCUUUUUUUUUUGUGUGCGAUGAUCUUUUUUGGUUGAGUAGACUGGGGAAAAUCAAUGGAACAAUCUUUUAUUGGAGUUUUAUGAUGACAAUUUGAGAUUUGGAGGUAUUAAAAUCGGGCAUCUUGUUUACUGUUCUGCUUGUCUUCUUUGAGGUUUCUGAAUCAUCAGACAAGUUCAUGGAUUUCGUAAGAUGUGGAGGGUUUUGAGGUAUGAUGAUAGUUUGAGGUGAUCACAACUAGGAAGGUUCAUAUGCCUUAACAAUUUGCAAAAAGCAGCUCCUGUUAACUGUUGCAAUCGAAUUUGUAUUAUUGUUACAUGAAAAUCCUGCAUAGGGGUUUGUUCUCCCUGUAAUAUUUUAGGGGUUAAUCUUCAUUGAGAAACUGGUCUUUACUGCUUCUUCCCAUAUAUACAAGAAAUGGGUUGUGCUGCCUCCAGGAUUGACAAGGAAGAGAGAGUGCAGGUUUGCAAGGAGAGGAAGAAGCUUAUGAAACAUUUAGUGGGGUUUAGAGGAGAAUUUGCAGAUGCCCAAUUGGCAUAUUUAAGAGCCUUGAAGAACACUGGGGUAACACUCCGCCAGUUCACCGAGUCGGAGUCAUUAGAGCUUGAAAAUACCCCUUUUGGCCUAGUGUUGCCUCCAUCACCGCCUCCCCCUUUGCCUCCUUCCCCUCCUCCACCACCUCCCUUUAGUCCUGAUUUAAGAAAGUUCAACAAUAACCAAAAGGAUGAAAUUGCCCAAGAAGAAAGUAUAGAGAUUGGUGAAGAUGAUAGUUGCACCCCACCACCACCUCCAAUUUCAAGCUCACAUUGGGAAUUUUGGGACCCUUUCAGCACAUCGUUGCCACCUCGUGAGAAGAAUAAUGCAACUGCAGAGGAGCCAGUUGAAGAGGAAAAUUGGGCAGAGACCAACACAGAAUUUGAGGAAGAAGACCAGGAAGAGGAAGCUGUUGUCAAUAAUGGUCUACAUUUGCUUCCUGAGAAGCCACACACUAUUGAAUUGGUCGAUGAUAAUUCGUCAAUGGUGAGUUGGCACACUAAAGACACUGCAGAUAUGGCCAUGGUAGUCUGGAGGAGCAAGAAGACCUUGACAGGUAUUGUGAAGGAGUUGGAUGAUUAUUUCCUCAAGGCAUCAGCUGGUGGAAAUGAUAUAGCUGUUCUUAUGGACAUCAACAGAGGAGACACUUUUCUACAGCAGGAUUUUAAAGAAAACAAGAGGAAGAGGUGCAAUUCUGCCAAGGUUUUUAGUGCAUUAUCAUGGAGUCGGUCUUCUAAGUCGCUUCAAUUUGCAAGAGAUGCUGCAGAGUCUUCUGGUCCUAAUGAACCGUGCAUGCCUGGAGUUCAUUGCAUUACACUUGACAAACUUUAUGCUGAGGAGCGGAGACUCUACAAGGAGGUUAAGGACGAGGAGAUUACGAAAUUAUUGCAUGAGAGAAAGUCCUUACUACUGCAAAAACAAGAAGAAGAAGACCAAGAUUGGACCAAGAUUGAGAAAACUCGAUCUUGUGUUGAGAGUUUGCAGUCUGACAUGAUUGCUCUGCAGCAAUCAAUAAGCAGAACUUGUUCAUCUAUACUGAAGCUCAUAGAUGAUGAACUGUACCCUCAGCUGGUUGCAUUAACUUCUGGGUUGAUGCACAUGUGGAGAACAAUGUAUGAGUGCCAUCAAGUUCAAAAGCAUAUUUCUCAGCAGGUGAAUCAUCUUACCAAUCAUCAGAUCAGAGACUCAACUACGGAUUUUCAUCGCCAGGCAACAGCUCAGCUUGAAACCGAGGUCACUUCAUGGUACAAUAGCUUUUCUAAACUCAUGAAAUCUCAACAGGAGUAUGUAAGGGCCCUCUGCAGGUGGAUCCAACUCACAGAAUGCCUUGCGGGUGAUAGUCAACAGAGUCAUUGUGCACCUGUAGUUCAUACUCUCUGUGAAGAAUGGCAGCUUGCCCUUGACAGAUUUCCUGAUAAGGUAGCUUCAGAAGCCAUUAAGAAUCUUUUAUCAGCUAUCCACUCUAUAGUAUUGCAGCAGGCUGAAGAAUGCAACCUGCUGAAAAAAUCGGAAAAACUUGAAAGAAGGUUGCAAAAGGAGUUAAAUUCACUACUUGAAUUGGAAAAUAAGCUUGAAGGAAGCAUUGUUGGAGACACACUUCUGUCUUUGAGCCCUAAACAUCCUUUGUCAGUCAAGCGGACAAAAACUGAGGCAUUAAGGAAGCGGGUUGAGGACGCAAAGGCCAAGUAUCUGAACUCUGUCCAGGUUAGCCGGGCCAUGACUGUGAACAACCUACAGACAAGUCUUCCCAAUGUAUUCCAGGCACUAAUGGGAUUCUCUAGUGUUUGUGCUCAGGCUUUUGAGGCUGUCCACAGCCAUGCCAAACAAGCAGUUUUGUCAUGAGGAUUGUCCAGACCCAAUGAAUUAAAUUUGUUCAGAUCACAAUAUGUAUCGGCACCACAGGUUGGGGACUCUGGUCUCUAGUUCCAAGUUACUUGCAUUUACCAGCGAUUGUCCAGAGAGAAUUUGUUUAUAUAUACGAGUGACUGAUAUGCUGUGGCAAAUACUUGAAGAUCUGAUGGUCUACCUCUUCUUGAAUCGGAUGGUCUAGAUCAAGUGAGAUGAGAAUAUAUACAUAAAUUUUAUUUUUAUUCUUGUAAUCAGCUGUCUUUAUGACCAUUUUGAAGUAGUUGCUUAUGCUCCAUUUUCUAUACUAUUUGAAACUUUCUACAUUUUCAAUGAGUCCCAGCAUAUCUAAAUGCAAAAGUCACAAUCUAAGCAA